GUUCCGUUAUUUUUAUCAUUAUUUUACUGCGAAGCCGUAUUCCCAUUCUCUCCUCUCACUCUCUUUGUUUCUAUUUUUGGGGUUCCCGUAAAAGUAGGAGCUCGGGCCAUUGCUGAGAGAGCUGAGGAGAGGAACGCUAGAGGCCGAGCCAGAUACACGAAGAAGACGAAGAAGAAGAAGAAGAAGUUGGGAAAAUAAGAGAGGGAGAGGCGCUAUGAAAGAUGACGUCCAGGAGACCCCUAAAACUUCUUCGAAUUCCAAGCAGUCUCGCGGGGCGGUUCGAUCUGUCGACACAUAUGCCGCACAAUGCCAUAAUUGCAUGAAAUGGAGGGUGAUGGCAACAGAAGAAGAUUACGAGGAUAUCAGAAGCAAGAGCAGCUCUGUAAAAUUUACUUGUGAAUCGAAAGAAGGCCUCACUUGUGAUACCCCAGCUGAUAUAGAGUAUGAUUCAUCCCGGACCUGGGUCAUUGACAAACCAGGACUUCCCAAAACCCCAAGGGGUUUCAAGAGGUACUUGGUUCUCAGGCGAGAUUUCUCCAAGAUGGAUGCCUACUAUAUAAGUCCUACGGGAAAGAAAUUCCGUACAAGGAACGAGAUUGGUGCUUUCAUAGAGGCCAACCCGGAGUACAAAGACGUAAAGCUCGAUGACUUCAACUUCACAUCUCCCAAGGUUAUGGAAGAUACUAUACCAGAGGAUGCACUGAAGAAGAUGCCUGCUGCCAGUAGCAAUGGUGGUAAUAGCAAGAGAAGUAAGAUCACAAAGGAAGAAGCUUGAUUGAAGUAGAAGUUUCCACGGGGGUUUGGUGUGCCCCCUUUCCUGGUGUGGUACCCCUUAUGUUUGUCCUUGGGGUUUGACACGACUCUGUUUAUGUAGAAUGCGCAUUUCUUGUUCUGUUAAUGUUGGAAGUGUGAAAGGAUUUUGUUUGUCUGACCUCUUAACUGUAUUCUGUAAUGAAGUUUUCAUAUGCGACCCUUAGCGUGUGUUUCCUUAUUCAGUGUCUUGUUUCAUCAUGAUGAAGUGGAAGAGGAGCUUCUGAAAUUCAUUGCAAACAUUGAGGAUUGUAAUUUUCUUUUCUGUUGAAGAGUUGAUGCUCAUGGCGUUAAUUAGUGGUAGCUCCACACCACUGGGAAUUGGGAGCAUUACAUAUAUUAAGCCAAGGAUCAGACAUUGAUGCGCCUAGGGUUUGCUAGGUGAAAAGGUCAAGUAGGAAGAUGGUUUCUGUUUUUGUACAGUUGCUGGAAGUUCUGGAGAGCUAGGGUUCUUUGGGAACAUGCAAGACUUUGCUUCGGAGUUGAAUCAGAAAGGGUUUUAUGAUCCUUAUGAAUUAGG